AUGCCACGCGCUCCUCGAAGAGCAGCCCACCAGGCCCGGGACAAUGAGGUCUCAACGACGCCAACGCGCAACACCUUGACUGCCGAAAUCCCACCCUUUAUGCUCGAGACUCCUCCUCAUGCUCCUUUCCUCACUACUCCUUUGCCGCCGUCGAACAAUCCAGGCAAUUCCAUUGUCCCAGGAACCAAUGCCCCACGUCGUCAACACGCUCGGAAUGAACCAACACCGACUGCCCAUGGAAAUGGUCAUACCCAGAAUGAGGCCUCUGAAGAGACACAGGCGUCGCAGAAUGCUCUAGGCUCAACAGCUUCAGAAGGUGGCCACGCAGAUGAGCAGUCAUUACUUGAAUCUGUCCACCAUGAUAUUGAAGAUGCCAAACAUCUCAAGGGCUUGCGAGACAUCUCAUCGUUGGCAACCUGGACCUUGUCCUCCACAAAGCCCGGCUGUGGGCUGCCGCAACUGCGAAGCCCAAGUCCUACUCUAUUUUGGCAGAGUGACGGGCCGCAGCCUCACACUCUGACAUUACAUUUCUUCAAGCUUGUCGCCAUUGUCAAAAUGAGAAUUUAUCUGGACUUUGAGCUCGACGAGUCGUACACACCUACGAAAAUGAAGUUUUAUGCGGGUAUGUCAGAAGGCAGUCUGGUUGAGUUUGGCACGUGGGAAGUCAACGACACGAUCGAUCCGGAGACGGGUGAGGCGCACAGCAGUAUCGAGGGUUUACGGGGUUGGGUCGACAUCCCGCUGAAGGGUGUGGGCGGAAGGGAGCCACGCUACCAUGGAAACUCGGAUAUGGGAGCCAGCCAAGGGGAGCCCACUCUUUACCCUCUUCACUCAGACCUCCGGCAGCAAUCGGGAGGGGACGUGCUGAAGGCGAUGGUGGUACAGAUUCGUAUUUGUGAGAACCACCAAAAUGGCAAGGACACCCAUGUUCGGGGAUUUCAGGUAUUUGGUCGAGACUACAGCCACCACGCAGAGGUGAAGAGCCACGUGAGGAAGGGCAAAGGGAGUAAACAGAAACAGACGCUGGAGGGUGAUGACGAUGCCGACGCCGACAGGGUUGUUGGGCUUCAAACGGCGGACUGGAUGGGCGAUCCAGAGAUCCGAUAG